AACCGACUUACAGAAUUAUGGCUUAAUUUCCAGUUGGGGAAAAAGAAUCAUCUUUUCUCUUUCUUUCAAUAUAUAAACCAAGGCCUUCGAUCUAGAUUUUCACUCAUAUAUCUCUCUCUUCAACUUCAUCACAAUUCUCUGACAGAUCACAAUUAUCGAUGACUAACUUGUACAUGGAGAACUGGGAUUUGCAAGAAGUAGUUGGAGAAAUCAGCAUGGAAAACCCAGCAUUCAGCUUUGAUUCUUGGAGUUUUCAAGAGGAAGAAAAUCUCACGAGUUUCCCAGAAAAUUUCAAUUUAGAUGAGCUGGAGGAGCUUUACAAUCCCUUUCGUCCCGAGCUGAAUCCAUAUUCCAUACCAGUUCUUGAAGAUCAUGCGGAGGGAAAACAACAACCUCUUGCAAAUAAGGAUUCAGCAAAAUCUAAAAGAGUCAGCCGGAAGAAUCAGAAGAAUAGAGUGGUGCAUCACGUAACAGCUGAUGGCCUUCAAUCGGAUGCAUGGGCAUGGCGAAAAUAUGGGCAGAAACCGAUCAAGGGCUCACCAUAUCCAAGAAGCUAUUACAGGUGCAGUAGCUCAAAAGGCUGUUUAGCAAGAAAGCAAGUAGAGCGUAGCUCCAUCGAGCCCGGAGUCUUUAUCAUAACAUACACCGCCGAGCACAGCCAUGGCCACCCGACUCGGCGGAAGUCGACGGCAGGAAGAACUCGCAACAAGUCGUCUACGGUGACUAAAAGUCUUGCAGAUAAAAAUGAACUCCACGAUGAGAAAGAAGAAACAGUGCUUGUUUCUUCGACUAGAAUUAGAAACGAGUCUGGGAAACAAAAGAUAAGCGUGAAAAUGGAGGAGCUGCAGCAAAUGGUUGAAGAGGAUGAUGAGAGGGACAAAAGUCUCAGGCGGAACAUAAUGUUGAAUGAGGGUUUAGUAGAAGGCUUUGAGUUUGAGGGGUUGUUCCUCGACCAGUUUCCAGAUUUGUCUCAUGAAGUAUGGUGCAUGAAUGAAUCUACAACCUCAACUGGCGGUUGCUGAGUUAGUCUUUAAUUAAUUUGAUAGAAUUUUUGCUAAUAUGUAAAAAAAAAGUUGCAAUGUUGUAAUUUUCGUGGUAUAUUUCUUUCAUUUCCUAGCCCUUUGCACCACUUCUUUUAUUAAU